AUGAAAGUUAUCUUUGCCUUGUGUGUUAUGUUACUUGCCUUGUCAGUUGCUGCUGCUCAACAUCACAACGACAUUACCAUCAGUCAUACCUUGAUUGGUAGUUGGACCGAUUCUCACACUGGUGAGUGUUUCUCCCAAUACGAUGUCACCAUCACCAACAAAUGCAAUAGUGCUCGUGUCUGCUCUCUCUGCAUUGGUACUGAUGCCACCUGUCGUCUCCGUGAUAAUAAUGCCAUCUGGAAUGUUGUCCGUCUUUCCAAUGGUGAUAUUACUCUCCCAGCCAACCAAACCAUCAAUGCCGGUGCCUCGUACACUUUUGGUUACAUUGUCCAUGGUACUGCCGUCCCAACACUCUGUGUUAAAUCUGUAAACUUUUGUUAA